AAGGUGCGCGCGCGACGAGCCUCUCCGUGACACAUAUCCGCAGGUUCGCAUCGUCCUGCGCCAUUGCAUCGUGUGAUAAUAGCAUUGUUACUUGUGUCGUUCGCAUGCAGGCAGUCCUUAUUACAUGACACACGGUGCCGCCAACCUGGGUAACUGCGCCUGUAUUUCUCCUCAGUCGUCGCUCGAGCGCGUCGCGACGCGAAGUCUCCGUUUUCCGCGUUACCCGUCGUGCCUGCUGCAGAAACUUUGGUCCCGCUUCGACCAGGAAGUGACUAAAUUUUUCAACCCCACUGCCAAUGGACGUAUCCUCACGACGGAAGCCGAUUGUCAACGCGAAUAGUGGCGUUUCAUAAGAAAAUGAGAACGGUUUGUUAAUAGCCUGAGAAGUCACGUAAUGCUUCGCCGAAAAGAGACGACACUUUCGCAAACGACCGCUCGUUCCCCGUUCCUUUAGUUCGUCUGUUAGCGCCUCUUCAGUGGUCGCAUCAUGUGGAACCGCAAGGUGUUCAUCAGAAUAGUCGAAGUGCUCCUGUGCAUCGCGUGCGUCGUGGCGCUUAGAGUGACGGACGAUGAGAGCCGAAGGGUGUUCCACUACCUGAGGAAUCGCAGCAGGGAGUGGUCGCUGCUGAACAACGUGACGUGGGGCAGCAUAGGCGCCGCCCUCGCGACGGCGACCUGCGGCGGAUACGUCAUCGUAACGACGGGUCUUUUGAUCGCCGCGGCCACCGGGGAACUCCACGGCCGAAAGACGGAAUUUUUCCUGCUCGGCCUGGGUGUGAUUCUCUUCGGGAUAGUCGGCGCCUUGUCGCUGGCGUCCAUCGACAGCGUCCCCGAGGACCUGGUUGACAAUGCCGCGGUUUUGGGAGCGCUGUGCCUGCUCACAGCGUUGGUAUUCAUCGGGGAUUUGCUGAUGAGUCCGCCCCGCAAGAAGGACAGGCAGGACGAGGCGCGAAUCAUCGACAAAGAUCUGGGGAAGCGCAAGGUGACGCCGGUGGUGACCGCCGAGGACACGAAAAAGCCAAAGUCAGCCGUCGUCAAGAUGCCCGAGGACGAGAACGGUCGCGUGAACGACGCUUUCCAGAAGGCGGACGGUCCCGCGAGAUCGCAGCAGGAAUCGUCCGGUGGACGUCCGCAGGACACGCAGGACGAUCGCGAACUUCGCGGCGACCAGGAGCCGAGGGAGAAUCUGGAGAACGGCCGAGCUGCACGCGACUCGCAGCGGUUCCGCGAGAUCGAGGUGCCGCGCACGAUCGUGUACGAUCCCGAUCGCAGGCUCGAGGAGUCCAGGAUAAUAUACAAGAGCCGGGACAUCUAUCAGCGGCCGGUCGACGAGAUCGACACGCCGCGGUUCCCGACGGAGUACGAAAAGGGAGACCCGGUCUUCGCGAGACUCGUCAAUCCGAGCGUGAAGAUCAUGAGGGUCGAGCGAGACGUCGAGGAGGCGAUCAAUAACCACAACAGAUAUUCGGACAACAGCCAGUACGACAACGUGCCCAUCAGGAUGCGCGGCUCAGCCGGGAUCCUGAAAGGUCAUCACCGCGACGUGUCCUUCAACGUGCCACCUCCGCCCAAGGACUAUCGGUCCAGAAGAUCCAAGGGCGACCUUGAGAUGCUGGAGGAAUAUUUGGGCGAACUGAGAACCACCGGCACGCAAACCGCAAGGGCGCCGUACUCGCCGACCGAUCCGGGAUACGUUCGCCACACUGCAAGUAACUGGCCGCAGGACGUUAAGUCGAGCACGCCGCGACACAGUUUGGAACAUUAAAGUUUAACCCUUUCGUGCACACGCGGUUCUUUCUCCAAUUAAAAAAUUUAUCGGCCAAUUUUAGUUUAGUAAGAACAUUAAUUGGUUCUUUCUCGAAUUAGUAAAACGAAUAAUGAAAACUCGUUCAGGGUUUCGUCUUCACUAAUUUUAUAAAUACCUAUUUAUAUAUCCUGCUAUCUCUGUAAUCUGAUAUUUGCGAGGUUGGGAAAGUUACUUUCUAAAAUCCAGUUACAGUUACAGGAUUUUUCGAUAAAAAUGUAACUAAUUACAGUUACAAGUUACCGUUUCUGAAAAGUGACGAAUCGAUACUUUACAGUUACUUUCUUGCAAUGAAAAUAUAAAAAUAUCAAAUCUCCAUUUGAAUUGUAAAGUGUCGCUA